GAAGAACUUGUUCGCUAUCUACUACUAUGUAGAAGCCGUUGAAAACACAGGUCUAUCUUUAUAGCUAAUGUAUAAUUCUUAACCCAAUUGAUACAGCUAAAACAUAAAACUGGUUCGACUUUUAUCGUUCUUUCUAAGCAGGGAACCUGAAUGUCCCGGCUUUGUUUACAUUUAAUGUGAUUGAACAUUUAAUGUGAUUGAUGGCAGUUUUCUAACCUGAAGCUAACUAAAGAGUCUAGUGUUAUGGACCAGCUAUGAGGGCCCAAUUGCAAGUCACAAUUCUCUCAGCCAAGCUGAAAGAAAACAAAAAGAACUGGUUCGGUCCCAGUCCGUAUGUUGAGGUAACUGUGGAUGGCCAGUCAAAGAGGACUGAGAAAUGUAAUAACACACACAGCCCCAAAUGGAAGCAGUCUUUAACAGUAAUCGUGUCUCCAGUCAGCGAGCUGUUCUUCCGUGUUUGGAGUCAUCAGACGCUGAAGGCAGACAUCCUGCUGGGGAUGGCUACUCUGGACAUCUGCCAGAUCCUUAAGGCUAAUGACUUUAAACUAUGUGAAGUGGUUCAGUCACUGCAGCUUUCCACUGGCAGAAACUCUCUGGAUGUAGUUGGUGAGCUCUCCGUUUGCCUGGACGGCAUGCAAGUACAUCCAGAAGCUCUUGCACAAGCAGAGUCAGAGCUAGCUUCUCUUCCAAAUGGAACCUCAAGACAAAAUGGCAACACAAUCAACAGAUCGAGCAGGGACUCAUCUCCGUCCAGUGACUCAGACGACUGGGUCAUUGUAUCGAAUGAUCAUACAGCAAACGGCACAGAUUCUCUUUCCACCACCUCUCGGCCUCCACCGUCCAUGCCUCACAGAUCUGCUGCUUCAGCAUGUAAUACCAGCAUGAAAACUUAUAGUAGCUCCUUUAUAGCCUCUUCUAGUAAUUCCUCCCCUAGUGAGCUGGGUGAAGCCCCGGCCUCUGAUGGAUUCUCUCAGACAGUCCCGAGUCAGGAGGAGUCAGGUGGAGGAGCCGGUACCACAGUUUCCUCGCAGAGAGCAAACCCCCGACCACAGAAUACAGCCACAAACCCCAGCCCCAAACCAGGCGCUGCCACCACAACAGCUUCAACCGCGGCAACUCCUGCAACCAGCUCAGUCAACAAUUGCCCCUUACCACCAGGAUGGGAGCAAAGAGUGGACCAGAAUGGAAGAGUGUAUUAUGUGGAUCACAUUGAAAAAAGGACGACUUGGGAUCGACCAGAGCCUCUGCCCUCCGGUUGGGAGAGAAGAGUGGACCCGAUGGGUCGAGUAUAUUACGUUGACCACAUAACACGAACGACGACGUGGCAACGACCCACUCAGGAGUCAGUGCGCAACUAUGAAGAGUGGCAGCAUCAACGCAGCCAGCUCCAGGGAGCCAUGCAGCAGUUCAACCAGAGGUUCAUCUAUGGGCUCCAAGACCAGCUGGCAGCCAUAGCCAAUAAAGAGUUUGACCCAUUGGGACCUCUGCCACAUGGCUGGGAGAAGAGAACAGACACCAAUGGUAGAAUGUAUUUUGUUCAUCACCCAACUCGCACCACACAGUGGGAGGACCCAAGGAGGCAAGGACUGCUGAAUGACAAACCCCUGCCAGAGGGUUGGGAGAUGAGGUUCACUGUGGACGGGAUUCCUUACUUUGUGGAUCACAAUCGCAGGACCACGACGUACAUCGACCCUCGCACAGGGAAAUCCUCGUCACUAGAGAAUGGACCUCAGAUAACUUAUGUCAGGGACUUCAAAGCCAAAGUGCAAUAUUUCAGAUUCUGGUGUCAGCAAUUAUCAAUGCCGCAGCACAUUAAGAUUACUGUGUCCAGGAAAACCCUGUUUGAGGAUUCAUUCCAGCAGAUUAUGAGUUUCCACCCUCAAGAUCUAAGGCGGAGGCUGUGGAUCAUUUUUCCAGGAGAAGAGGGUUUGGACUACGGAGGUGUGGCCAGGGAAUGGUUCUUCUUACUUUCCCAUGAAGUUCUAAACCCCAUGUACUGCUUGUUUGAGUAUGCUGGCAAAGAUAACUACCGUCUUCAGAUCAACCCUGCUUCUUACAUCAACCCCGAUCAUCUCAAAUACUUCAAGUUCAUCGGAAGAUUCAUUGCUAUGGCUUUGUUCCACGGGAAAUUCAUCGACACGGGUUUCUCGUUGCCCUUCUACAAGCGGAUUCUGAACAAACCUCUGACUCUGAAAGACUUGGAGUCCAUCGAUCCCGAGUUUUAUAAUUCACUGAUCUGGAUCAAAGACAACAAUAUAGAGGAAUGUGGCCUUGAGAUGUUUUUCUCAGUUGACAAGGAGAUCCUGGGUGAAGUCACAACUCAUGAGCUGAAGCCGGAUGGAGGGAACAUUCAAGUAACAGAGGAGAACAAAGAGGAAUAUAUCAGGCUGGUAGCAGAGUGGAGGCUGUCCAGAGGAGUGGAGGAGCAGACACAGGCCUUUUUUGAGGGCUUCAAUGAAGUUCUUCCUCAGCAGUACCUCCAGUACUUUGAUGCCAAGGAAUUGGAGGUGAUGCUUUGUGGGAUGCAGGAGAUAGAUCUGGCUGACUGGCAAAGAAACACAAUCUAUAGACAUUAUGCCCGAAACAGCAAACAAAUCAUGUGGUUCUGGCAGUUUGUGAAGGAAAUGGACAAUGAAAAAAGGAUGAGACUCCUGCAGUUUGUAACAGGAACCUGUCGCCUUCCGAUGGGUGGAUUUGGGGACUUGAUGGGAAGCAAUGGCCCACAGAAGUUUUGCAUUGAGAAAGUAGGCAAAGAAAACUGGCUUCCACGAAGCCACACUUGCUUUAAUCGUCUGGACCUCCCUCCCUAUAAGAGCUACGAGCAGCUCAAGGAGAAACUCAUGUUUGCCAUAGAGGAGACGGAAGGAUUUGGGCAGGAGUAAUGCAACGAACUAGAUGGAACACAGCAGUAGUGAGCUUAGUUUUAUAGAAAGAAUUAAAGGCACUUUGCAAUUAUUUGUUCCAGGCAGCAGGGAAAUGCCUAGAAAUCUGAUUAAUCUUGUUGGUUUUUUUUUUCUUUCUCCUUUUUUUGUAGCAUUUCUAUUAAAAUUAUGGUGUUCCUUUUUUUUUUUUAAUACUCAAGCAGGGCGUGAAUCCUUCCACACCGUUUGACCUUCCACCUGUAUGGUCUGUUCCAGCCAUAAUCUGCUUGCUCACCUUCGUCAUUACUUCAAGUCUGCACUUGCCAUAUGUUCUGCGAGUGCAGUUUCUACACGUGUGCAGGCUUUUUUCUUUCUUUUUUUUUCUGCAAUAGUCAUUUCUCAAGUUCUGCCAAGUCACUUCUGUGCACCAAAACAUUGGGCAAACAAAGACUCUUGCAGUGGAUUUUAAAUGUGAAGGUUGAAAUCUGAGGGGAAUGUUGGUUCUGUGUGACUUUAGGUUGCACAUGUGCAAGUUUAUCAAUGACUGUCAUAAACAGGGUCCUACUCACUCAAACUCUUAUUUUGGCAGGUUUGUAUUUUUUAGAUAUAAUUAAGGUAAGCUAUGAGACUAGUUUACACACGUUUUUGUGAAAAGUAACAUUUGCGCUGAUUGUAUUGAAGGGACACUUUUUCAUGUGCAAUAGUUUUUGAAGACUUUUCAUCAACGAGAGAGUGAAAGAAUCUUUACAUUGAUCCAUUGGUUUUUGUCAAUUUUAAGUAAGAUUUAGUGUUUACCUUUAAUUCAGACUUUUCUCGUAAAGUCUAUCUUAUCUAGUGCACUUGGUGUGGCAGCUUUGGUUUGAAUUAACUCGAUAAAAAUUGUCUCCACAUAAGAGUCGCUGUUGUACACAUUAUUGAUUUUAAAUAUAAAUGCUCAGCUAAUUAUCAAACAGGAAAACCAAAAAAAAAUCAUCUAAGGUUUUCCUUAAUGACUUUAAGCUGUUAUGAAUGACAUGGAAAUACCUGAAAAGAUGAUGACUUGUUUAACCACCAAAUGUUACCACUGAAUACUAGUUAGUGCCCUACCAGUAGUUCAUUAGUGGUGUAGCAAUCAGACAAUAACAACUUAAAAAUGGACAUACAAGAUUUAAGUGGGUUUAUUUUUGCUUGUUUGGAGCUGCUGGAUCUGGCAACAUAAUUCUAAUUAAGAUCAUGUAAAUAAUUAUAAAACAAAUAGAGUACAUGUACACCACAAAUCCAAUAAACCCCAACGUGUUCAUUACAUUUAAAUGUACUUAAUUUUUGCAGUUGAGUUUUUGAGAAUAUUCUUCUUGUAUUUAGGAUUUAACUUGUAGAAAUAAAAAUAAAAGUAGAACAAACAAAAGAAUAAUUUAAUUCAAAAGCUCAUUUGACUUCAGUCCAUUAAAUCAUUAUAAAGUUGGUACACUUGACUAAGCUGGUCAUCAUCUUUUCUUUAAAUUAGAGUCAAACAAAAUGUUAACCAAAGGGCAACUCAGAGAUGGAAUUUUUUAGAUAAUAAUUUAAUAGUUUUGUUGUGUUUUAAAAUGCUGACUUUGAGUGGAAAUCAUUGUAAAAUAAGCUCUUUUUUCUUCUAUUGUCACAUUGUAAUUCCAAUGUUUUGUUUCAUAUUGUGGCAAAACAUUUUUAUGAAUGCAGUAUCCUUUACAAAAAGAUCUUAUCUUUCACUGUGAGCACAAACAAGUUCUUAGUCGCUUUACUUAAAUACUUUAUUUUAUAAAUUCCUUGUAUAGUGUUUGCUAUUUAGUGAAGCCAUCAAUGCAGUGAAUGGCUUAUUAAGACUGGAAAGAAAAUAAAAUUGAAGCAAAUUUAAAAAAGGUAAACCCGAAGUCAUUCUGAAAUUGGCUUCAGGAAGAUGCAAAGCAAAAAGGAAAUGUUGAAUAAUUCAUAAUUUUUUUUGGAAGUAGUUAUUACUCAAGCCUAAGGUGGACAUUAAUGUCAUGUGCUGGAAUCAAUUUGAUGUAAAUGCAAUGUAUUUUGUACCACCUAACUUGAAAAUAGAAUAAAAUAAAAUUUUCUCAGUUCUUUUAUGUAAAGGA